AUGGAGAUGGCUUGGAAAUGGGGCUUGAGGGCCGCCAAUGUUCCCACUCGUGCUCAUGCGCCCCACACAACUUGCACCAUUUUGGGUUCCCCGUCCGAGGUAGUGGGGUGGGGAGUGUGUGUACGCUGGAGUAUGGACCCUGUUGCUGUUGUUGCUGCUGCUGCUGCCGAUGUUGAUGAUGAGGAGUCCCACAGACUUUCCACCCUGGUCCCCGCUUCUAAACUUUCCACCUGA